GCUCGACCCCUCGAGUUGCGAUUAAAAUCUGAGAUAAUCCCAGCUGGUACCUCCCACCAAAAAAACAGUCUUAUCUCUGCAUUUAGCCAGAGGCCCUCGAUCUAGCCCGCUGAAUUUAGCCGUUUCGUCGUAUUCGCCCACGAUCGAUCCCCCUCACUCACCGACUGUCGAUUAGACGAUGAGCUCGUCAAACGCCCAGCACAAACGGACGGGCUCUAUCGACCCCUUUUCCAUCCCGGAGAUCUACUAUGGGGAGGAGGACUCGGCCUCGCGGAUCAACCGCCGCAGACGUGCCUUUUCAACGAGCCUCAAUACAUUUAACCAGGAUGAUAUCAAGGACUACCUAGGAAAGAUUCCUCUGAGAAGGGGCAGUCAUGAUGAGGUUCCGGCCCAACCCCGAAAGUUCCUUAUCGAUGUCGAUGCGACACUUCAUAGCUUGCUGGAGAGGGAGGACACUGAUAGAAACCAUCAGAUUACAAUUGAGGAUGUGGGACCAAAGACACUUUCCGUCGGAACCGCAGCGUCAUCGGGUCACAACAAGUUCGAUGUACGAGGCACAUACAUGCUCUCCAAUCUCCUACAGGAACUUACCGUUGCGAAAGACUACGGCCGGAAGCAUGUCAUUCUGGACGAAGCUCGUCUGAGUGAAAAUCCUGUUUCACGUCUCUCCCGUCUCAUCAAGCUCUCAUUUUGGGAUGCCCUGACCAGAAGGAUUGAUGCUUCUAAUAUCGAGGUUGCGGGCAAAGACCCCAAGGAUUGGACUGAUGACCCACGACCUCGUAUCUACGUUCCGAGGGGUGCCCCUGAACAGUUCGAGUACUACACCGAAAUUGCCAAAUCACAGCCCAAGCUUCGCUUGGAUGUGCAAUGGCUAGACGCUGAGAUUACUCCAGAGUAUGUGAAAAAUCUUAACGGCAAGCCAGGUCUUCUGGCUUUGGCGAUGCAAAAGAAGCUCAAUGAGACCACGAUGAAAACCGAACUUAUCGGUGUGCCAUUUGUCGUUCCCGGAGGUCGGUUUAACGAGCUUUACGGAUGGGAUAGCUACAUGGAAUCCCUGGGCUUGAUUGUCAGCAACCGGGUUGACCUAGCCAAGGCCAUGGUGAUCAACUUUUGCUUCUGCAUCAAGCAUUACGGGAAGAUCCUGAAUGCCAACCGGUCCUACUACCUAACACGCUCUCAGCCGCCAUUUUUGACCGAUAUGGCUUUGCGUGUAUAUGACCGAAUCAAGAAUGAGCCGGACUCUUUGGAAUUCCUCCGAAACGCGACUCUCGCAGCCAUCAAGGAGUACUAUAGCGUGUGGACCGCAGCUCCACGGUUUGACCAAGGGACUGGCUUUUCGAGAUACUGCCCAGAAGGAAUGGGUGUGCCUCCAGAGACUGAACCAAGUCACUUCACUCACAUUCUAAACCCGUAUGCCGAAAAGCAUGGCAUGUCGUUCAAGGAGUUUGUCGACGCCUAUAACGAUAGAAGAGUGGUAGAGCCAGAGCUUGACGACUAUUUUGCACACGAUAGAUCCGUCCGAGAAUCUGGCCACGAUACAAGCUACCGUCUCGAGAAAAUCUGUGCAGACCUCGCCACGGUUGAUCUCAACUCGCUUCUGUACAAGUAUGAGGUGGAUAUUGCUAGGAUCAUUCGCACCUUCUUCAAAGAUAGGCUAGAUAUUCCUCCUGAGUUCCGAACGGCGACAACCAAGGAUGUCCAAUUUGAGUCAUCGUCCGUAUGGGACCGUCGGGCUAGAAGAAGGAAGAUGAGAAUGGACACACACAUGUGGGAUGAGGAAAGAGGAAUGUAUUUCGACUACAACAUGGCCAAGAAGCAGCGCUCGACAUAUGAAAGUGCAACCACCUUCUGGGCGAUGUGGGCAGGACUUGCUACUCCACAACAAGCUGCUGAGAUGGUAAAGAGGGCGCUCCCUCGAUUCGAAGCCUAUGGCGGCCUCGUGUCCGGAACGGAGGAGUCCCGAGGAGCUAUUGGGUUGGAUAGGCCCAACCGACAGUGGGAUUUCCCGUAUGGAUGGGCGCCUCAGCAGAUGCUCGCCUGGACCGGAUUCCUGCGCUACGGUUAUCAGGAAGAGGCUGAACGCUUGGCGUACAAGUGGCUGUAUAUGAUCACCAAAGCCUUUGUGGACUUCAACGGAGUCGUGGUCGAGAAGUAUGACGUUACACGGCCGAUUGAUCCUCACCGCGUUGACGCAGAAUACGGCAACCAAGGUGUUGACUUCAAGGGUGUUGCUCGAGAAGGGUUCGGCUGGGUUAAUGCCAGCUAUGUGUAUGGCCUGGAGAUUCUCAAUGCACACAUGAGACGUGCCCUUGGAGCCAUUACCCCGUACGAGACAUACAGCAAUGCAAUUGCAGCGCAGGAUGCCAAACGCGAUGCAAUCCUUGAUCUGUAGAGGCAGCACUUCAUUGGAAUAUGUGAAUUGGAUUUAAACGAGUUGAGAAAUUCUGAAUGAUAGCAUUUGAAGCAUGUUUUACUUGAGAUGGAUUUGGUUAAAAAUGGUGGAGAAAAGCACAUGGAGCUGACAGGUUUGAUAUUUAGUCUUUUUUGAAAUUUGUUCUUGAAUAUUGACAUCACUUUGAUAUACUGAAAGAAGAGUGAAAAUCAACACAUACUGUCUAAAAUGGUACAUGGAAAUUUGAUAGCCCACUCCCACUACCUACAUACCUCAGGGGAUAUAUAGAUAGCAAAAAAUACAUCAAAUACAACCUCCAGAAAGCAGAAGUCAUAAGAGUCCCGAUUCCUAUUCAAGAUGACUUGUCUAGCGCCAAAUAUGCAUUCAUUCCCGACCCGACCUAUCAUCGCCUUCAUCAACCACCUUACCCCCCAUUUCG